CAGCUCGCCUCCCUCCCCCGACACUACAUACACCUGUGCAACGUCCGGGCAGCAGUAGGUGCAGAGGAGUGUGUCAUACAAGCAGAAUUUCCUACUCCCAAACCGUCCCGAACCAGGAAGUGACUGUAAAGUCUUCACGCUCCUCUCCUGAGAGCAACACGUCCCCGCCUGCUCAUGGCACUGCCUGCAGCGGAGUCCCUCUGGGGGCACAACUGAUGGCGGGAGAAAUGCACCUCCUGACCACAUUGGACCAUCUGGCCUGGAACUCCACCUCUGCGGAGCAAGGGGCCAGAAAUGGGUCCCAGUCCAACUUUUGGUACAACACAAACAAGACUCAGCUCUUGGGUGUUUUGCUGGCAAUCACUGGAAAUUUUCUGAUUAGUAUCUCUUUGAAUAUCCAGAAAUAUGCUCAUCUCCGACUGGCAUGCCAAGCAAAUCAAAAGCCCUAUUACACAAGCAAGCUGUGGUGGUGUGGAAUUAUCCUCAUGGGGCUUGGAGAGCUGGGGAAUGCUGCAGCUUAUGGAUUUGCUCCAGCCACCCUUAUAGCUCCAUUAGGAUGUGUAUCCGUCAUAGGUAGCGCAUUUAUAUCUGUCUUAUUCCUAAAAGAAACCAUGAGGGCUGCUGAUAUGUUAGGUGGAACCCUGACAAUUGCAGGAACAUAUUUGUUGGUGACAUUCGCUCCAAAUGUAACCCAGGAGCUCACGGCAACUAAAAUACAGAAUUAUUUAAUUAGCUGGCAGUUUCUGAUCUAUGUGAUCUUAGAAAUAAUAAUAUUCUGCAUUCUUCUGUAUUUCUACAAAAGAAAGGAUGUGACGCACAUUGUGGUUUUGUUAAUGAUGGUAGCACUACUAGCAUCAUUGACUAUCAUUUCAGUAAAGGCUGUGGCAGGCAUGAUAACAUUCUCUGCAAAGGGCAAAAUGCAGCUAACAUACCCCAUUUUCUAUAUCAUGUUCAUUAUUAUGGUGACAUCUUGUGUUUUCCAAGUCAAGUUCUUAAACCAAGCUAUGCAGCUCUACAAUGCAACAGUCGUUGUGCCAAUUAACUUUGUGUUCUUCACCACCAGCGCCAUCAUUGCAGGGGUCAUAUUUUAUCAGGAAUUCCAAGGUGCAGCUUUGCUGAGUGUGUUCAUGUUUCUAUUUGGGUGUCUUCUGUCAUUUCUUGGCGUGUUUGUAAUCACACGAAAUCGAGAAGAGGAGCAUUUGCAAGUUCCUUAUAUUGAUUGUGGACACAUUCCUGGAAAAAACAAGAUUGACAAAAUACAGCCGGAUUCAAACAGCUUAUCCUACGGCACUUUGCAUGAUGAAGAUGACUGGACGAGCGCUCAGAGCUAAGAGCAGCUUCAAUUCCAGUUAACAAGAGGAACUCUCUAUUCAUUGACAUCAUAUUCAUCACCCCGUGUUGAUUGCAUAUGUUCAGUGUGUGUGUCAUGUUAUUUUAUGUUGAGAACCCUUUGUGUUAUUUAAGUAUCCUUAAGUAUCCCCUUUCUAUCACAAAUGUGUUACAAUGAGCAAGGAGGGCUAUAAAGCUAGUAACCAUUAAAUAGAGCUGGACAUUUUCCUGGUAAAAUACCUCUUACUGGUGGUGUAGGGUCAGGUUUUUAAAGGUAUUUAGAUGCCUAAAGAUGCAACUAGCCACAUAGUGGGAUUUUCAAAAGCACCCACUUCACCUGCCUGUAUUUAUAGGUGCUUAAUUCCUUUAAAAAUCAGUCAUCAAAAUAUAGUGUGUUUCUAUGUAAACAUCCGUUGGGAGAAAUCCUGCUUGCCUUAUUCAUAUAGCUAGUCCCGUUACCUUCAAAGGAACUACACAUGUGAGUAAGGUGAGUGGGAUUUGUUCCAAUACAUAUAUAUGGAUCCAUACACAUGGUAUGUAAUUUAUGUUGAGAUACGGUAAAAGGCUUGGUAUUAUAAAUUCCUCCAAAGGAGUCCUCUGGGAGGGGAGCUUGUCUCUGUCCUGCUGGAUUGGAGCAGCAAGCAGCUAUUUCAAUGCAAUCCGUUCUGAGCCUUACCCCCUGUGUCUUCAUUAGAAAAUAUAUGUUUUUGGUGGGGAUUUUGAAGAGGUUACACACUAUUCCAAUAGAGAAAUGGGAAGCCAACCUUCCACUGCGGUUGUAUUUUGAAUAGGCUCGACUGGGGAAAAAGUGAGUUCAAUAUUUGGGGCCCAGUCCACGAAAAUGUUGUGUGGGUAAAAGAAUCAGGAUCACGAAGGAUAAGCCACUGGGCUAAAAUAUCUUUUUCCUUCCUACAAAGACUUCCCUGCAUUAAGCUAGAGAGCUAGUACUGGCAGCAGCUGUGGUCAUGCAGACUGAGUUUGGGGCUUUGAGUCAGAAAGUUGUAAUCCUACUGUAGCUGCUGACUCACAGGAGAAAAUUACUUAUGGCCACAGGGAGCUACACAGCCUCAGUUUCUGCUUCUGUCUGAUAAUACUGAUCUACCUCAUGGGCAUGUUGUGAGGAUUAGAUGAGUGCUUUGGGGGGAAAGAAGAAGCACUUUAUAAGUGUUCAGGGUUACUAUUGCAACCUUGUACAAAAACCUUUUGCUCUUUUUAAAGUGCAUGUCAUAUAUCAUAUGCAGCUAGCUUCAAUGGGGUCUGCUGAAUGAUGCCUUCUUUAAAUACAAUAUUUUUCUAAUCAUGCUCCAAUACGUCUGUUAGUCUAUAAGGUGCCACAGGACUCUUUGCUGCUUUUACAGAUCCAGACUAACACGGCUACCGCCCAUCUAUAUCCCUCAGAUGUCCAACGAGUCUUCCAGCAAAAACAGGAAAGACUAGACUACAUUACUGAUCAAUCUACGGUAGAAAUGCAGAUUUUGUUAACACACCCUGAAGAAUCAAAAGGGCACUAACUAACUUUUACCUGACAAGUGAAAAUGUGUGCUAAAGAUGGAAAUAAGAUGUCUAUAACUUUUAUUGCUAUUAUUUCCUAGAAAUAUUAUUUUUUUAAGUAUGGGCAGCAGAUACCUCUCUGAAAUUUGUUUCCACAAUUUGGGAGGGGUGAAGGAGGAAAUUCUCCCAGGAUUUUCUAGUGACAGUUGGAAAUUGGAUGCAAAAUCUCUGGGUAAAUCCAUUAUUUAUUUUAAAAGUACUGUAAUUCCGUGUGACACGUCACCUCCUUCUGACGGUUUAAUAAAAAAUAAAAUGCUGUUCUGUAGAUGGGGAGGGGUAACUUUCGGUGUAAAAUUAAGUGUAAUUGAAAUUGAUAUAUUGAUUAAAAGUUCUAGGAGCCACUGAUAUUUAAUUACACAAUUAACAAUGGUUAUCAGACCUGAUAUAGAGACUUAGGCACGCUUCAAUUAAUCUACAUAAAUUCAGUUACACUAUUGUAAUAUAUAGUAAUGGGCAUUCAUUAUUACUGCCCCCCAAAAAUAAACUCGUCAGUUUCACUUUGUUUAGAAUCGGCUUCUAGUCCAUUUCAGAUUGCACUGGUUAUGUUUAGGUUGCAAACACUGUAGGGGAGUGUUUGUUAAAACAUAAACCUUUUCAUUGGACUCUAAAGAAAAACAUAGAAAUGUUUUUCAUUGUAUUAAAUUUUGUAAGAACUUUUUCUUCCCCCAAGAUCAGAAUUUUGGGCCAAAUGUGAUCUUUGAAACCUACAGAAAUAAAUUGAAGGGUGGCCCAAAGUCAGGCCCUCUGAAUGGUUUCUGCAGCAUCUAGUUUGUAAGUCUGACAAACCAGGGCCAGCUGGAUUGAUUCAGCCCUUGUUACGCUGCUGAUAGAUACUGGGAGAGGAGAACUUUAACUUGAGUAUGGGACUGGAAACAGGAACUUUUGACAUUGAUUCUGCAUGGGACUUUUGCAAAUGACUUAACCUCUCUCUCUCUCUCUCUCUCUCUCAAAAGUGCAAGAUCCACAUUGGUAGAUGGUCACAUGGACAUAACUGGAAAGCUCAGAUUUGUUUAUAAUUUUAUUCAAAAAUUACAGUGUGUCAUCAAUACACUUUUAGGACCAGAUUGCCCAGUCUAGGUCCAUUUUGUGUCAUGUAAGUGGUGCAAAGUGGCCUUAAAAUGGAUUGUAAUGAACAGUUGUGUGUUCUCCUGAAUAGGGGAAAUUCACAAGUGGUAGAGGCUGGUCUGCCACCUCCUGUACCAGCCACCCACUCAACCUGUGGAGUAGGUGGGGAGUAGUGGGUGGGAACAGUGUUCCACUACCCCUGGCCAUCCCCUGGUAUAAGAUCCCCGAGGCACUUCACACCCAGUGAAUAAGUCAAUGCUUUUCCCCUGCUGCUUUGGGUCAAGAAACCAGUUAGAGCUCCCUGCUCACUCCCCCUCUCACUGAGUUGAGCAGAGCAGUUGAAAAUCUGCCACUUAGUCUAUAUCUGUAAUAGUAAAUCUGAAACCAACAUUUUUCCCUAGGCAAUAGCAUUAUCUCUGGGUAGUUCCCAUUAGUAUUUACAUCUGCAGAGUCGAUGGAAAUGUAUAAGGCAUGCUGACACUGAUACUGGAAUUCUGCGUACAGUACUAGUGUCCAUAUUUUUAAAAGGAUGUGACUACAGGGAGGGUGCAGAAAAGAGUCAUACGUGAUUCUAGGUCUGAAAAACGUGCCACAACAGCUACCACCAAGGGAAAAACAUCUCCAGCUCCAAUGGGCUGCAUGUGCACAUGCCUUAAGUGGAAUGGACAUGUGCAAUCAUGCAAAGAAGAACUGGAUGAAAUUCUAGGAUGUGUGUUCGGCAGGAGGUCAAAUGGGAUAAUCUGAUGGUCCCUUCUGGCCUUAAAACUAUGUAUCGAUUACUCAUAUUACUACAUUGACUGUUAAAAUAUGUUCCCAUCCAUAGUCCUCAGUCUGUAGAUUGUCAGGAUUUUUCUGCUAAUAAUAACAAUUAAACAUUGUCCAAAGAAAACAAGAUUACAUAGGUAUUUCCAUUAAGUUAAUUCUUUUUAUAUCCUUCAUUACAGUUCCCUUUUAAAAAUACAGAGCAUCUAUUCUUGGAACGCUAGAGGUUGAAAUAUCGUGGUGGUUGAUGUAUUUUAUUGCCUUGUGCUGCAUUACCAGCAGUAACCUCCACUAGCAGGCAGAAUUGCCUACUAACAGUCUCUGUGUCUUUGUCUUGUUCUUGGCUUGCUAUGUUAGAGAGGAUAAGGGAUACUACUGAGCCUGUUAAGCACACUAUUAAACCUCAAGGAAAUUAAUUAAAAGAAGGUGGUGGGGGGGAGACAAGUUCUGUUCCUGUGUUAACACUAGUUUGGAUUUAUGCACAUCAACUCUCGCACAAAGGACAAAUGCCAAUGCUGUUCCUCUGACAAGCUUGAAAAUUCUGGCAAGCACAGUGGUGGCAGUCUCCAGCAAAUUGCAAUAGGGGAGGCAAUGCCUAUUCCAGGCUUGGAAAUCUCCAGCUGAGUGUUGGCAAGUGCGUGCAUGUGCUGGAGGCUUAAAUCAAUCAGUUCCAUUUUUCCUGAUGUGACCUAGCAAAAUGUAACAAUUGGUUUCAUCAUUCAUGGCUGCGGGAAGCUAUGCCGGUUUAAGGCAUUAACUCUAUGUCUUGCAAUAAUACAUUAAUUUAACAUAAAACAGUGUUAAAGCCACCUGUUUAAUCACUUUCUUGUUCUAAUUUGAAAACUGUUAUCAAUUUUCUUCUAAAUAUGGGCUCUGCAACUCAACUCUCUGUGCCUAUAAGCAGACAAAGAUGGUAUCUGACUCUGCUGUAGACAUCCAGCCCUACAGAAAUAAUAAUAAAGGAAGCCUAAGGAUAACCCUAGUCAAUCAACAAUUGAACUGCUCAUUCAGAUGCCAGGAUGUCAAGUGCCCUUCUACUUUCAAGACUAGGAGUAGAGCAGGUCUACUGGUUGAAAAUUACCUAUGCAUUGGAUUUAGCUUUUGCCCUGAUUGCAUAUUGUUGGCUGCAAAUAGGUUAUUGCUCUCACAUAUUUAUUUACUGUGCAAAGCUGCUCAACCCAUAUGUUUCACGGACAUAGCUGGGGGACUGUUGGUUCUCACUAACUGGUCAUAGCAAGCAUUUCAGUAUUUGUAAUGAAGUAUUCUGUUUGAUUGGUCACAUGGUAUGGUUUCUGUUUCGUGUUUGGAUGAUAGAGAUGUGACACCAGCCCUGAUAGCAGGUGACUGUUUCCAGCAUGAGCAUGCUUGGCUCCCAUAUCUGCACAAAGAGAAAGUUCUUCUACCAUAAAGGCUUGAAGAAAGAGUUCAGAUGUAAACAGACUGAAUGGCAUGUUGGCUUUGGUGAACAUAUUUACAAAUAGCUAUUUUUUUUAUUUGCCUAUCUCUACCAUCAGUGUAGAUGGAACUGAUUUGUAUUACUGUUAAAUUCAGCCCUACUAUGCCAGCUGUUCACUUCUGUAAUACAUCUAUAUGUGUUCUUCUAAUGUCACCAAGUAUUUAAGGUCUUGUCUGGACUAGGAUUUGGAAGACUAGUGUAGACAAGGGAAUGUGCCUUUAACAUGCAUUUUAAACUGGAACCAAUUUAGCACACAUUAAAAAAUCACACUGCUGUGUCCACAGUAGCCUGUUAACACACGUUCGUCAGCACCAUCCAAAUCCUAAUCUAGUUUCAACCUUAGUGCUACUAGGUAGAGAUGGAAAAAGCAUCAUCAGCCUCCCUCUGAUGACUCGAAAUAGCUACAUCUGAACUUGAUCUUAGGCGCACACAAAUAUUCAAUACAGAUAAAACAAAUGGCUAAAUAGUAGCAAACUACCUAAUCAAUUUGCAGACUAAAAAUCAGUUUCUUAAACUAUGCUUUCCUAUUAAGUGCUACAUAAAGUACCUUGGACUAGAAGAUUAAAAACAUUUCACACUGAAUAGUGUCUUGGUGGUUUUGGAAUGCACUUUGUGAUGGUACAUAA